UGCGCCUGCGUCAUCGAGCCGCAGCCCGUGGCGGGCAGCAUGGUCUGGAGGAGGAGGGCCGCGGGGCCCGCUCAGGUUGAAGAAGAGAGCUGGACAGAAGAACCCAACGUCCUUCUUUUGCUUCAUACAGAGGAGUUUGUGUCCAUGAUCUACAGCUACAGACAGGUGCCUUUGCAGGAAGUCCAGUCUAGCACAGACGGACAGAAGGAGACUUUACGGAGCUUUGUGGCUCGUGUCAUGGAGAAGAUUCCUGGGAAGACUCUGGCACUGGCUGUAGUAGAACUAGAGAAAUACCUAAGGUCUCACAAAAGUCAGUCACAGAAGAGGCCACGACAGGCAGUGCCAAAUGGAAGCCAAAAGGAGGGACAGAGGAAACGGAAAAGGCAGAAGGAGAAGGAGGCUUCUGGGCCAGAGGUGUCCAGGCUGGACGUGGAAGAAGCCUUGGUAGAUCUGCAGCUUCACACAGGCAUCCAGGUUAGAUGCCUUGAGAACUGGAAGGACCUUAGCGACUUUGCCACUAUGUUCACCAAGUCUGUUGCUGAAGCGCCCUUCAAGCGGGAGCGAGAGAACGCGGGUUUCUCCUUCUACCUGGAGAAUGAGUGGUGCCGAGGCGUGAAGGUAGACCGCUCAGGGAAGGGGCUCCUGCAGGUUUGGCAGAGGCAGAUUCAGCAAUUCCACCGGGUUAGUCCGGAUAUGGCCAGUGCCGUUGUGUCAGCCUACCCUUCUCCUUGGCUGCUGGAGCAGGCCUAUCGCAGGUGCUUUUCUGAGCAGGAGCAGCAGAACAUGCUGGCUGAUACGCCUGUGCGCCGGGGUGAUGGAGUAACAGCCACCUCCCGGCGGAUCGGACCAGAACUCUCCAGACGGAUCUUCCUCCAGAUGACCUCCCACAAUCCUGACCUCUACCUGGAUGUUACCAACUAACCUAGGACUGUGGAUUUUAUUAUUUUCCUGGUUAAACAUUCACUGCUCUUCUGGGGAAAAUGUGUUUGGAUAAGAACAGGGGUUAUGGACUUUGAAGACUUUUUAAGAUCUGUUCCUCCAGUCUGCAAGGACUGCCUCAAGACCCUCCUAGAUGCCUGAAAUGGCCAUGGAGGUGGAGGCUACAGAAGGCACCUCAUCAUCUUUAUCACUCAGGGAUGCCGUGCUGCCUGCAUCAGUGUGUUGACUGUUGUUGAGAUUAGCUGCACGUUUUAUCCUGAAAUGAGUCUAUGCUUCUACAGGAAGCACUAGAUCUGCUUUAGGGGUUUAUUAGCACACAGUCAGAUCUUUUCUAUGUAAGACGGGAUAUUUUCAUGGUCACCCUUUGAAGCAGUUUGUUCCUUGUCAUAUCCCUAAAUCAGUGUAGAAAAACUUGAUCGGGGGGGGUUAGUCUAAUUAUGGACUGGACUAAUUUGAACUCUGUAAUAAAGUCUGCAGCAAGAGAUCUUUUUAAAAUUAAAGCAGAGAGCAUCUGCCUUGUGUGGGUACUUACUGUUCCUUGAAGCCAUUGAUACUUAAAUGCAUUUGCAAGUGUAGAAAGUCUUUCAGUAUUAGCAAAGCAAGUACUGAAGUGAGGAUCUGGGUAUAAACUCAGCCUCAUGCAAUGUAUGAUUCAUAACCUAUUCCUAAGAGUAGUUUUUAUCAAUACAUGGAUGCCAAGCCCAUGUAUACUGCCCUGAAAUGGGCUUUUUUUGCACUGCCAUUCACUGACAGCAGCAGGCCUUGCAUUUUAUCAGUGCUAAUUUUGUUAGAACUACAAUGUUCGUUCUACUAAAGUGGUGAGUGAAUUGGCUCAGUAUUAGGUGCUGGAUUCUUUCAAGAACUCUUCAAUAGAGGUGCAGCGAUGUAUCAGUCCAAUAUUGGAUCGGUACCACUCUAAAGAAAAUUGACUGUAUCAGAAAUUGGCCUGAUGUGGCUGAUCAUUUGGCCAAUAAAUGUCCUGUGCAGCUGCAACGCAGCAAAUAGGUAGCGAGGAGCACAGCCCAGCAGCUUGGAGAGCUGCAUACAGCUGGUAUGUCUGUUCUGGUAGAAGGGGAGGGGGCAGGGAAGGUGUGCAGUGAGAGAGGAAGUGGGGCUGGGGCAGGAAGUGACUCCUACUGCUGCACGUACCCCAGGAGGGUGGUGGGGGGUGCAAGCUGCUCAUGGGGGCCACACUUAGGGCUGUGCUCCUGGCAUGUAAAGACUGCACUUGGGGCAGGCAGUGAUGCUGGGAGGGGGCAAAAGCAGAUGGGGCUAUGGCAAAAUUUGGGGUGGCUGCAACCCCCUCCCAGCACUGCCGCCACCUGCCCUGAGCAUAGCCUCAGCCUGUAGCUGCAGCGCAUCCCAUCCUUUUCCAUGCCCUCCUGGGGUGUGUGCGCAGCAGGGGCCCAGGAUGAGCCAUGGCUCUGUCCUGCACUCCACCCGGCCCCAGCUGGGAAGUGCCUGCCCCACGCUCUCCCUCCCCACCACAACAGACUUAUAGCUGCCUCCUUAAAUAUCAGUAUCAGCCCCCAAAAUCUCUAUUGGUGCACCCCUACUUUUCAAGGGUGCUACUGCUGUUUGAAG